UUCAACACUACUAUAUAACAAAUAAUUUGAGGCAAAGCUAAUCAUACCAAUGGAUGAUGACAAUGAUAAUGAAGACCCCAAAAAGCUGAGCCUUUCUCGAGAAAUCAAAUUCAUGAUGUAUGGCUUUGGAGAUGAUCCAUGUCCCUAUACUCAGUCAGUAGCGCUGAUAGAAGACAUAGUGCUCAAUUACAUUAAUGAGAUAUCCCUAAGUGCCUUGAAUAUGGGGAAGAAAGGAAAGAUAACUGUGGAAGAUAUUCUACAUUUGAUCAGGCAUGAUACCAAAAAAUUUGGACGAGCUAAAGAACUUUUGAUAUCAAAUGAUGAAAUAAAGAAAGCACGUAAAGGUUUUGAAGAAGAUAAAUAUCACAUCUGAGGAUGAUAUAGGUUUCUGUUAACUGUAAGAUACAAAGAAGAAACGAAAUCAAAAUAAUAUAUCUUAUUUGUGAAAAGUCCAGCAAACAGAACUGUUUACUGUUACACUGUCUCUUCUUUGCUACUGUGAUAAAUAAAAUGUUAUCUGCGUGAUAAUUUCACUUUAAAGAAUGACAUUUUUGUAAAUUAUUUUGGGGAAAUUUCAUGUCAACGAAGGAUGCCUGAACCAGCAAUGUUUUUUAAUCUUUAAAAUUCAGAAUAAAUCAACUAUAAAUAAAGCUAUUGUAUUUAUUUGAAUUU